AUGUCGGCCGAAGUGAGUGAACCCAUCAAAAAGUGUUCGCUGAUUCUGAAGAACGCAAAGAGUGACACGGAAAAGUUUGCCGCACUGUUCAUGGUGACGAAGCUGAUCAAGGGGAAAGACUGCAACCAGGCCGGCAAACGCAUGCUGUUCGAAUCGAUCGGGUUCGAAUUUUUGCGCAAGUUGCUCACGAGCAAAGACGUACCGGAUGAUUGUCCCGCCUCGGUCUAUCAGAGUGUAGCGCUGUCGAUUCUCACUUGCUUCUGUGAAGAUGAGCAGCUCGCGACGCACCAGGACAUGCUUGACAGCAUACCGGUGUUUCUGGGGAUCGUGUCGACGUGCGAUGACGACGAGUACGACGAUAAUCUGAUCGUCAUCAACGAGGCGUACCACUGUCUGCAGAGCAUUUCGCUGUACGAAAGUGGCCGGCUGGCUCUGCGCAAGCAUGAUGUCAUCACAAAGAUGGCGCAGAUCUACACGCAGCGCAGCUUCCAGAUCGACGAGGCACUGACGUUGAUCGUGACUUUGGUAUCCCGCUUUGGGGCCAACUCGUGGGAAAGCGAUCCAAAGCUGUUCCAUGCGUUGCUGCAGCGCGUGUCGCUAGACUUUGAGACGGAUCACGCCGAGCGCAAGUUCGAGCUGGCGGAGAUGAUCAGUGCACUGCUGUUCCACUGUCGUCGAGAUCUGGUUGCGCGCACGGUUCAGGGCGAAAUCUGGCCCGAAUGCUUGUACAAGGGAAUCAGCGAUAUUUUGAAAAGCAAAAUCGGUAAGGCACAGCGCGAUCCAGCCCUGAAGCUGGCAGCGAACGCGGUUGAUGUGCUCGGUAUCGAGUGGACAUUGCACGAUGUGGAAAAUCCGAAGAAAUUUUUCCUUCUGCUACUGCAGCUGGCCGCGAUCGAGGUGCGCAUGCAGAUGGAUAACAAAAGCUUCAAUCAGUGCGUUCAGCAAGCCGAUCUGAUCACUGCCUGCUUCAUUAUUCUCGAGCUGUCGAUCAAUUAUAUGUCCACAGAUCAGCUCGAUCUCGAUCAGAAGGACAAACAGCAGGUUUAUACCGGCCUUAAGGGAGCCUUCUCUGCCGUGCUCGGUUUGUUGGUAAAGUUAGCGAAUGAUACCAAAAAAGAUCGGCUGCAGAAAACGGAGAAGGCGUUCGCGUACGCGAUGGUGCGCGUACUGACUGCCUGGUUGGCGCAGGAAACGACGGCCAUGAAGAAUCACGUCGCUAAGGUUCUGCCGUUCCUGUUCAAGCUAGCCAAUGAGUCAUUCUACGAAUCGCGCGACUACCGCAUCGCGCACAAGGCUGACAACGUGGACGAUCACGAGCAGCAACCGCCGGCCGACAUUCUGCGCGUGAUGCUACCCGCCAUCUGUCACCUGGUGGUGGAGGAGGAGGCACGUCAGAUCUUUCUGAAGGAGAAAGAAGAGCAGGUGCUGUACGAUUGUCUUCUGUUCCACUGGUCGAUUGCACACUACAAAAAACCACCGGUACCUCGCGCCGAACGUCUCAAGCGCAUGAACGAACCAGACCCAGAACUGACACCACAGCAGCUGGACGACAUGAAGGAUUCGCGAACGGCAAUCGUUAGCCUGUGCAAUAUCCUGAUGAACAUAACCGUGCUUGAGGCCAAGCUGGUGGAAGAGAGCACAUUGUUCGCCCAACUUCUGCGGUUCAUCUUCGAAAACUUACCAGAGCUGAAGGAUAUCCCGGACAAUCUUGUAAUGCACGGUCAUCUGGCCGUACUCGGGCUGUUACUGCUGAAGCAACAAGCUUCCAAGAUCAAAAAGAAUGAUUUCUCCAUCUGCCGCUACAUCCAGACGACGAUCCGGUUCCUGUGGGACGCGUACAACAUCGACGAAUCGAACGAUCCGCAGGCAUUGGUAGUGUCACUGCAGUACAAGGAGCACUGGUUCGAGAUCAUGGAGCUGUGGUUCCUGGGCAUGCAGACGAUGAGCGGCAUUAUCAAGCUGAUUCCCUGGAUCUCCGAGUUUGCGAUCGAGAGUGGAUGGGCCGAGGGCAUUGUGGAAACGCUGCGCAAGGUGAAGAUUGGCACGUUGCCGCCGAACGUGAAACUGGCGUACGAAGACUUCCUUUCGCAGCUCGUCGACGCUAAUCCGGCCGUAGCGCCCGUGCUCAAGAAGGCGGACGCCCUCAAAGUGUGUCGCAACCAUCGGAUGAUGGAUCUGGGCAAGAAGCUGUUUGGAGACUAG